AUGGCCACCUUUCAUAACCCUAAUGUAGUACCCGACAACAGCCUCCUGAGCCAGAUAUUUGGCAAAAACGUGCUUUUAAGGCUGACCACCGUACGCCAGGACGGGGAUCGCUGCGUCUUCAAAGCCUUAAAUUCAUGCUUUGUGCGCCUCCGCGCUCUGGACAAGCCGGCACCCUCGUUUUACACGGUUGCUGCUAUGCAAAAAAUAGCCGCAUCUUGCAUCAAACACCUUGUUCCAGCAACCAUCAAAAUCGGUGAGGCAACCAAUGACCAAGCAAGAAAGUUCCAGUUUUGGGUCAUGGAACUUGGCAAAGGAAUUGCCCUGGACAACAUCUGGGAAAAGAUGGACCAUGAGAAUCGGAAGUCUGUGGUCAAGAACCUGGUCGAGGUGCUCUUUUCACUUCAAUCUUUGAAGAUCUCAGACUACAAAGUCCAGAACACCCUCCAGAAAUCACUCGGCGAGCACAGAAAGGAAGAACUUACGGAGGCUGCCAAGGCUUACUUCGGGGGCUCAUUGUCGGGAUUCCUGGAAACAGAGGCCUUUUUCAUGGCCUUUCUCUUGCGAGUGUUCGACUUUGACCAGCCAUUCAAGAACAUCUUCGUAAACCGAUUUAACAGCAUGAAGCCUAUGUCUGAUCCGGCCGGCAUUGUGUUGGAAUGUACGGCAAAACAUGUGGACUCGAUCAGAAUCAACGAUGAUGAUAUACGGAAGUUGUAA